AUGACAAUGUCCUACCAUCCUUAUUCUUAUUCACAACCACCAGACCACCAACAAGUGAUGAUGUCGGGUGAAUCGUCAAUAUCGCCUGAUCCAUCUCAAACCACUCUAUCAUCAGGAUCAGGAUCAGCAUCGGCAUCGGGUAUAGGUAAAUGGAAUAACAAUUCAACAACAGGUCAUGGACAUGGACAGAAAUCAGCUCCUGUCAAAGCGGCCUGUCUUAGCUGUAGGAAUAAAAAAGCGAAAUGUGAUGGUCAACAACCCGUUUGCGGGCAGUGCGCAAGGAAGAAUUUGGAAUGCGUCUUUGUGAAAUCACGAAGAGGUGGUGCAAGGAAGAGACGUCCAGCCAUUCCACCUACCGCUUUAUCUGAGUUCUUAAAGAAGUUAGAUACGCUCUUGAUGGCACCUGGUCUGGAUCAUGGACCUUCACGGGACUCUGAAGAAGGUCAGAUUGAUCCCAAUGAGGAUACGACGAACAUCGUCAGACGAUUUACAAGCCGUGAAGAAGUAUUCGAAAGCUAUUACACCGAUGUACACCCCUUCGUCACGGUGAUGCCGCCACGUACCCUCCUCAGGACGAUCUUGCCUACUCUUCUACCCGACUCGCCAUUCCUUCUUGCCGUUCAGACCAUCCUCGUCCUUGCUCCUCAUGCCAACGAUCCCAAUCCUACCUCCACUCGUUCCAAACGAUUACGUCAAGCUGCGUCCGUAUCAUUUGCCGAGCAGACCAUGGCUUUGGUAGAUUCCAUGGUAUCCAAUGAUCAACUCAAUCUAGAGUGUGUACAGGCAACAGCUAUAAUCGCAUUAUGGGAAUGGUCAUCUCAAGGAAGUGUAAAUAGGAACAGAGAACGUUCUACGCAAGCUAUCCAGCUAGCUAUGCAAUUGGGUUUAAACGAAUUAGAUAAAUACUCUUCGAGCUCCGUACCGGUCGGACCUAACGAGAAUGGGAAAACGGUCGAAGGUGAGGAUUGGAGGAAAGAUAUGGCCAGAAGAACAUGGUGGACCACCUUCGUUUCGCAAUUGACCGCAGCGCUGGUAUCGGGCAAUCAACCUAUAGUAGGACCAGAUGAUCCUAGAAUACACGUUGAUUAUCCUGUAUGUUCGGCGAUCGAUCAUUCUUGGUCGAAUUUCUUGGAGACUGUGAAAUCGACCAUCAGGGUGUUCGACUUGGUCAUGUCCGUCUAUUUCCCUCAACUCCCAUCGAACGGUAUCGAGAACUCUACAACUUCAGCAGCCGGAUUAUUUAGUGCCAGCGAUAACAGUCUUGUUCAAGGGACCCAAGAAGAAGAAGCUCGACAGAAAAUGUAUGACGUCGAUAAACAGAUUAUGGACCUGAUCAAAAAAGCUGAAGAGACCGCUGUGAUUGAUUUAGUCCCUGGUGCAGAAGAGGAAGUAGCUAGGAAUCAACAGCUUCAAGCUAGACUGGGAUUGGCGGUGUUACAUAUCCAUAUACAUAGGUGGCAAGCUUUCCCCGAAGUUUCCCUGUUCAGUAAGAAGAUCUGUGGAUUACCUCAAGCUCCGGAAUUUGCGGAUGAAGGGAACAGUGGCAUGGCUACACCCGAAUAUCAAUAUUCAGAUCAACAACAGUUUGAUAGUUCGAUGCCAAGUGGAGGUAUCCAAAACUCAAGCUAUCACGAUACCAACCAAUCUUACAAUGGUUAUGUCGAUCCAUCUGCUACGCAAUACGAUCCAUCGAUGUAUCAUUCAGCUGGGUUUGACGGUCAACCAUUUCAACCACAGUAUCAACAGCAGCAGAAUGGAUGGGGAAAUUCAUUUGAUCCUAACGAAGUGUACGGAUACGGUAUAGAAGAUAUGUGGGCGCCCGAGACUUACCCUGAGAACUUGCCUGCACCGUGGUUCACCCAUCCUGGCGGAGCAGCACAGUUGUAUGCCCCUACUCAACAAGAACCUAUCCACUAUCCCGAGAUCAUCCCUGGAGCGUCCAUCGCACAUAUCCCCACACCUCCUUCGACCUUCCAGAGAUCCAGCGUGACUCCCUCAGAUGAUGGCGCUGGCGAUAGAAGGAGAGUAUCGACCGAUUCUUCCAUAUCCCCUGCGGCAAAUAAACUCCACAAGGCUUGGGGUGUUGACGAAAAAGCGGAUAAAGUCCUGCCGCCACCUGCAUUGCAGCAACUGGAAGUUUUCCCUCCCGGGAUCAGUCUGGCUAGAUGUGCCACUGCUGCACAUACGAUUGUAAGGUUGGAGGUACUACAUCGAUCGGCGGUGAUAGCGAUGUGGGAUGGACCCCCCAAAUGGCCUCCAUUCUGUUCGUGUGGUCUCGUCACGGGCGCCUACGCCUUCUUGUUACUAGCUCUAGCCGUCCAAGCCGAGAAUACUUUCAGUGGAUAUACUAAUUCCCGAUCAGAGGAAGUGGAAGCGCUCUUGACGAACGUCAAAGUCAUUUUGGCAGGGUUGGAAGCUUAUGGAACUAUGUGGGCUGGGAUUGAUGCGAUGGCUGGCGAAGUCAGAGCUGCCCUCGAAGCUGCUACGAGAUUGCCUUUCGAAGUUUCGGCUCAGAUCGAAAGCGCCACUGCUUCGCCGAGUACUCAAGGUGGGACGCAGGAGUAG